GAGCCAGUUGCAGCGGUAGAAGACUUGUGAGACUUGAUAUUUACCCACACAAAACAAACUCAACAAAAACAGUUUCUCUUAUUUUUCUCUCUCUUUGACUUCGUCACUCUCUUCUUCUUUCUUCUCCACGUCUCUCUCUCUCUAUUCUUCUUCUUUCUAUAUAUUCAUUAUUUCUUCAUUCAUUUUUCUACUACUAUUGCUUUAACUUCUUAUUCUUUUUUCUUCUUCUCUUUUAUAAUUAACAAGAUCCAUCGAUGUUAACAUUUCCGAUGAAUCUGAUGACUAAUUGGUCUGAUGAUAAUGAAAAUGAUAAUGAUGGUGAUCAACGGCGAAUUAAUCGUGUUAUUGUCGAUGAAGUCGAUUUCUUCUCGGAUAGAAAUGAUAAAUCAUCGUCGCCUGAUGAUGAUGUUUCCAUGAAGAUCAAUAAUGAAAUUUAUGAUCCUCAUUCCAAUCUCGCCGCUGACCAUGUCAACACUGGUUUACAACUCCUGAUUAGUAAUACCGGCAGUGAUCAAUCAAUGGUGGAAGAUGUAUCUUCAAUAAAUGCUGAAGAGAAGCGUGCCAAAACUGCUCAGGUGGAACAAUUGCAAGAGGAGCUUCGAUUUAAGAAUGAAGAGAACCAAAAGCUGAAGGAAAUGCUGAACACCAUGAGAAGUAGCCAUACAAACUUGCAAAUGCGUUAUGUCUCCUUGAUGCAACAGAAACAGAACCAAACAGAACAUGAUCAGGUUGUCCGAGGAAAAUCUGAGGAGAAAGGAGAUAGUGUGGUGGCUAGAAAGUUCACGAGUGGCACAGCAGAAGUAGAUGAUCAGCAAGUAUCAAACUCUUGUAAUUCAGAUGAAAAAACUCAAACAAGCACACCCCAGAACAAACGGAAAUUAGAGACUGAUCCAGACUCAUCAGAACUAGUACAAGCUUGGGAUCCAAUUAAGCGUCCCAUAUUAAACCCACCCAAUGCCGCUGAUCAAUCUGCUGCUGAAGCCACUAUGAGAAAAGCACGUGUCUCUGUCCGUGCCCGAUCAGAAGCCCACAUGAUCAAUGAUGGAUGCCAAUGGCGAAAAUAUGGACAAAAAAUGGCUAAGGGAAACCCUUGUCCUCGAGCAUAUUACAGAUGCACAAUGGCUAUGGGUUGCCCUGUUCGCAAACAAGUUCAGCGUUGUGCGGAGGACAGAACAAUUCUCAUAACAACAUAUGAAGGGACGCAUAGCCAUCCUCUGCCACCUGCCGCUGUGGCAAUGGCGUCGACCACUGCAGCAGCUGCUACCGUGUUACUAUCUGGUUCAAUGUCAAGUGCUGAUGGGGUGAUCAAUCCCAACAUACUAGCCAGAAUUCUUCCUAAUUGCUCUUCUAGCAUGGCCACACUCUCAGCAUCAGCACCAUUUCCUACUGUGACACUAGACCUUACACGGGACGCCACAGAUAAUAACCAAAAUUCUCAUUCCCAAUUUCAGCUUGGACAGCCUCAAAACUUUGGAUCAGGACAAUUGCCACAGGUAAUUGCACAAGCACUUUAUAACACAUCCAAAUUCUCUGGCCUUCAAUUGUCUCAGGAUGUUGGGGGAUCUUCCCAAUUGAAUCAUACUCAACAAGCAUCAUCACUCAGUGCUGCCAUCACUUCGGAUCCAAACUUCACCGCAGCACUCGCCGCGGCUAUCUCCUCCAUAAUUGGCGCUUCUCCUCCCAACAAUAACAACAACAAUAAUCCCAAUAUCAUCAACAGUACUACCUACAAUCAGUAGCAUUUUUCAGGAAACUAGUAGCUUUUUGGUUCAAUAGUUGAAUUUUGUUUUAGCCAUUAUAUUUUUAUUUUUUAAAAAAGAAAGUGGGAGAGGUAAAAUGAAUUUGUGGAUGUUCAUAUUACUUUUGCUCACUAUUGGUUUUAGAAUAGAACAUUCCAUUCUUUUCUUCGUUGUUUUAUCUUUGAUACUAGUUCCGAUAUUAUGUACCUAAAACUUAAUAAUUAGAAUUCAAUUUUUCCCCGA